CAGUAGCAUAUUAUUUGAAUAUGCGGAAAUUCGGGGAUUUGAAAAGAUUUACUUAAAAAUCAAUCACGGAUAUUUCAAGGAAAAGAAGUAUUAAAGCUCACAUGAUUGAGGAGAUCAAGAGACAUACAUGAUAUUAAUAUGUUAGUCUAUCGGUGCAAUAAAAUCAACUGUAUGUAAAUAUUUUAAAAAUAUUUUUAAUAAAACUUCAAAUUUUAAUUAAAUUAAAAACAAACCAAGGAAAAUGACGAUGAUUGUUAUUAUCUGUUCAUCUUUAUUCGUCACAGCCGAUGUGAUUGGACAGAAUGUCGUGUUACUACCAUACGACCGGGCCUACAGCCAAUCAGCGUGCAGGGAUGGAUUACGUCACGGCGAGGACAAAAUGGUGUUCACGGCGCUGGUGAACUUCACUCACCUGUCGGACGAUUGGAGUCGGACCGUCCGAUUUCACUCGACCGACGACCGCGACCAAAAUUUUACUUACUUAUGUGCAGUCAACCUGACCAAAGGCUGCAACCGAACACACCGCAUCAUCUGCUACUGCAACACCACAGACGACGACGGCAUCCACCACAUCAUCGUCAACAUCACGGCGCUCUCAUCCUACAGCCACUCGGGCUUGCAAGCUUACCUCGUACACUCCAACCUGUCUAGGAUGUACAGCGGGAUUCAGCAUUUUCCCAAAGUUUCCGGUAAUUGGAAAUACCAUUUUUUGUGUACGUAA